UCAAACUUGCGUCAGGCAUCGUCGUGACUUUCCAUUGCGAUGUUUUUAUCCCAGAGCAAAGCCACGUGGAACGUGUUACAUGAGGAACACCUGAACAUCUGUAAAGCGCUCAAGUGAGGAAAACCAUUUUUUUUAAUCGACAGUUACGCAUCGGUGUGUUUUAGUGGUCAAACUUGAGGCAGCGGGCGCUGGGCUCCUGCGUCAGACUUUACGCACGGUGCGCUCCGUGUGACUGGAAGCUCUCCGUGAUUUCGCAUCUCCGUGCGCUCAGAGAUGCUGCAUGCGGAGCAUCUUGAAUGAAGAUAACCUGCCGUGCGUUCACGUAGGAUUCAUGUUUUUACCAGGAGUCGCAAUAAGAAGUUAUUCACAGCGCAAACAAGAUUGAAGAAAAGCACAAUUCCCUCUUGGCAACGCUUUCUCAGCUUCUGCUCAACCAAUUCUCCCCCAAAAGAGCUGGCCUUUCUCAGCCACUAUGCCAAAGAAUACCAAGGUGACUCAGCUGCAGCACAGCAAUGAACCAGUCACCGAGUCUGUGGCCGACCUGCUGUCCCUGGAGCAGCCCAUGGACUAUAAGAGCAGUCAGAUGAGUAUGGGUCUUAGUCCUGGAUCUAUUGCCCCAGGAAAAUCCUUGCUGCCUGAUCCAGAUGCUGAAGACGGGCGGCCGGCAUGGAACAAUAAGUUGGAGUACAUCUUAGCCCAGGUGGGCUUCUCUGUGGGUCUGGGUAACGUCUGGAGGUUUCCGUACCUGUGCCAGAAAAACGGUGGAGGUGCAUACCUUGUCCCAUACUUCAUCCUUCUACUUCUCAUUGGAAUCCCUUUGUUUUUCCUGGAACUGGCGGUGGGUCAAAGGAUCAGGCGUGGCAGCAUUGGAGUGUGGAACUAUGUGUACCCACAGCUUGGAGGCAUUGGUGUUUCUAGUUUGAUGGUUUGUGGUUUUGUCGGCCUCUAUUACAAUGUGAUUAUUGGCUGGAGCAUCUUCUAUUUCUUCCAGUCGUUUCAGUAUCCGUUGCCUUGGGCUGAAUGUCCCAUUCAGAGAAAUGGAAGUCAAGUCAUUGUGGAGCCAGAGUGUGAGAAGAGCUCAGCCACCACUUAUUUCUGGUAUCGGCAGGCUCUUAACAUCACCAGCACCAUCAAUGACACUGGUGGUCUGAACUGGAAGAUGACUUUGUCCCUGCUGGUGGCUUGGAUCUUGGUCUGCCUGGCAGUCAUUAAGGGUAUCCAGUCCUCUGGGAAGGUGAUGUACUUCAGCUCCCUCUUCCCAUAUGUUGUGCUCUUCUGUUUCCUGGUGCGGGGUUUGAUGAUGAAGGGAGCCGUCGACGGCAUCGCUCACAUGUUCACCCCUAAACUUGAAAAGAUGUUGGAACCCCAGGUGUGGAGAGAAGCAGCUACUCAGGUUUUCUUUGCACUUGGCCUGGGCUUUGGAGGCGUUAUUGCUUUCUCCAGCUACAACAAACGAGACAACAAUUGCCAUUUUGACGCGGCGCUGGUUUCUAUCAUCAAUUUCCUAACCUCCAUCUUGGCCACAUUGGUGGUGUUUGCCGUGUUGGGGUUUAAAGCUAAUGUCAUGAACGAGAAGUGUGUUGUUGAGAAUGCUGAGAAGAUCCUGAGUUACUUAAACACAGGCGUGCUGAGCAAAGAACUCGUUCCUCCUCACAUCAACUUCUCUCACCUGUCUGCUCAGGACUACUCAGAAAUGUACGGUGUCAUCAAAACUGUAAAGGAAGACAGCUUUGGUCAACUUGGUCUGGACCCCUGCAUCUUGGAAGAUGAACUUAACAAGGCAGUUCAGGGUACUGGUUUGGCCUUCAUCGCUUUCACAGAGGCAAUGACUCACUUUCCUGCUAGUCCAUUUUGGUCAGUCAUGUUCUUCUUUAUGCUCAUCAACUUGGGCCUGGGAAGCAUGAUUGGAACCAUGACCGGCAUCACCACACCAAUCCUGGACGCCUUCAAGAUCCGCAAGGAGAUCCUGUGCGUGGUUUGCUGUAUCAUAGCUUUUCUGCUGGGCCUACUGUUUGUCCAACGCUCAGGCAACUAUUUUGUCACCAUGUUUGAUGACUACUCUGCUGGUCUACCUCUCACUGUGGUGGUGAUCUUGGAGAACAUCUCCGUGGCCUGGAUCUAUGGCACGAAGAGGUUCAUGCAGGACCUGGAGGAUAUGCUUGGUUUCAGGCCAUACGCCUUCUACUACUAUAUGUGGAGAUAUGUGUCUCCUGCCAUCUUGGUGGUGCUCAUCAUUUCCACAGUCAUUGAGAUGGCCGUCAGUCCUGCAGGAUACAAUGCUUGGGUGGAAUCUGAGGGCUCUGAGCAGUUCCAUAGCUACCCCCCCUGGGCUUUGGCAAUGGCCUACGCUCUCAUUGUGGUUGCCAUGCUGCCUUUACCCAUAAUCUACAUUGUCCGCCAGUUUAACCUAGUCUCUGAUGGCUCCAAUAAGCUGUCUGUCUCCUACCGUAAAGGUAUGAUGAAGGACAUCUCCAACUUGGAGGAGCAGGAUGAACAGCGCUUCAUUCUCAGCAAGAACCCAAGCGAAGCUCCCUCCCCCAUGCCCCCUCACCGGGCUUAUCUGGGGCCCGGUGGCACCCAGGAGAUGACCAAUACCAAUUAUGGCACCAGCACCAAGACAGGCUACCAGAACAUUGGCUCACCAGAGUCUGAGCUAUGAUUUUCCAAGCUCACAGAUCCAGUAAUCCUGGAGACAAACAAGCAAAGGAGAUCAUGAGGGAAAGAAAAUUAACUUGCAUCAAUAAUUCAACCCUUACCCCAAAGUAAAAUCCAUGAAUAGCUUGUUAAUGUUUUUUUCCAUCUUGGCUUCUUUAGAACCCUUACUGUUGCUUGUCAGUAAAUUCCCCCUGUGAGGAUGAAAAAUUGGGAUGAAAACAAUAGUUUUCAUUGAGCAAGAAAGGAAGAAGGAUGGAAGCAAAACAAAAAUGAAAGAGACAAUUGUUAGAAGUGGAGUUGAAUGGAAGAAGACAGGAUUAUUGAAAAGCCAUCCUUUUCUUUUUUAUAGAAACCUUUCUCAUCUGGAAAACAAAAUACUUAUCAAUCCAUCCAUAACAGUGUGUAGAAAUUGGGUUUUGAUAGUAUUACAAGCACAUUGUAUCUUCACAUUUAUUGUGCCUAUCAUGCAUCAGCAAUAAUAAGCACUGUCAGGGUCCUGACACGACUUGGAUCUCCUUCUAUUGCUAAUUUCCCACAAAUGUAUGAUAAUGUAAAUAGGUGUUUUGUGCAAUGUUUCCACACAUCCCAUGAGUUGCGCACACACACAUCGCAAUAGGCAAAAACAAGAGGCAGCUUGGUCACUCAUCAUUCCACGAAACACAAGCACAGCCAUCGUUAAAGCAUCUCUGAGCCUUAACAUAGAGCAGCACUUUUGUGUUUCAUAGUCAUUGUCUUCAAUAAGCAAAGCUCUGGUCUGCUGUUCAGGGUGCUGGAGGCCAAGAUAAAGCUGUGUCUUUUUAUCCAAGUCCUUUAAUAAUUACCCUAAAUAACAGAUACACAAGCGGAAACUGCAGACAGGCUUUUCUUUGAUUAGAAAAGAGCUUCAUGCUUGUUUGUGAUAGGUAGGCAGGUGGAGAAAAAAAGUGAGAGCUAUGUCUUUGUGUGCACACAGAUUUAGACACAAGUGUGAUGUCUGCAGCUGAUCAAGAACUCCUCGAAAUCCUACUAGUUUAAAAAUAGAGCUGUGGUACCCAGGGGAAGCUGUUGCAAUACACCAUGCAAACAUACUCAAGCUGUCUGAUGUGAAGGAUGAGCAGAGGAACAGUCACCAUGCUUCUAGAGGUUUCCCCUGCAUGGUAACUUAUGCCCAACAAUAAUGUAACCCUGCAUUGAUGCAAAAGCUCAGUCCUAUUCUGCAGGAGGAUAGUUUACAAAAUUCUAAAGCUGUGUCCAUUUCAUUGAAUAUUUUUCAAAAACACUACAUAAUACACCUCAGUGUUUUUUGUGAUCCAAAAAGAGGAGGUAAAAAAACAUUUUUACCCACUCUUUAAUAUGUAAUAAUGUCUUACAAGGUCAGUGUGGGGAGGUUAAUGUAUAAACGUACCAUGUAAAUGUUUCAAACAGUGGUGAUACAUGGUUUGGACCACUAGAUGUCUCUGCUGGCCAGCAGAGAAGCCUGAGACAUUCUCUUUGUACUUGUGCCCCCUCCCUGAGAAGCACCAAUGCUUAAGACUGAACAAAUGUAGUUGAACAAUCAGUCACAUUCUCAUGUGCCUGAGCCGCCUCCUUGUUGUCUGUUGGCCUUAUGCUCCUGUCAGUGUAUUAGUUUUCUUCAUUAAGUGAAUAUUGGACCAAUGUUUCUACUUAUUCUCAUGAGCACUUUAAUUAGAUAGACCCUGGAGUUUUUAAGCAGAAAUUCAGAAAAAGGAUUUUAGAGAAUAUUUAUAUAUAAAAAUCAAAUGUCCUUUUUUUGGUUUGAUCUCAAAUUUGUGAAGCAUCUCUGGAAAAAUAUGUCGUGUGGACCAGGGCCUUUUCUUGAACUGUUAACCUUCUUUUAGUUAAAAGAAAGUUGGCUUCUGUUUCCGGCAUUAAGCCUUCUGAAGUGGAUUUCUGGAUUAUAUGCACAUUUUGAUCAUUGUUAUUCACUUUUUAUCAGGGAAUUUUGAGGCACAAGCAGAGGACAGAGGGCUUUAAUUUCCGUUGAAAUAAUUGAUUCUUCCAGUAGCUGUUCUAUUGUAUCAGACAGAUUGCAACUCUGAGAAGGUUAAAACCUGAGAGCCGUGUUGUACUUCCUAUGAAUGUGGUUAAAACUUAUGGGAGAAAUUCUGCUAACACUGGCAAGUUCAUACAGGACAAUGCAUGAUGUGGAUUGGGGACCACUCCUGCAGUUUAAGCUCCAAGUUAAACCUGCAAGAAUACGUCUAUAAGAAGCUUCUUUAGUUACGUCUAAAAAAUGUGUCCAAAUAAUGUAGUAGUAGUAUAGGUAGUUCAUCCGUAAACUAUACAGUAAGGUAAAGACUGCCUUUAAGGAAAAAUAUCUCAGUUCCUUUGCCUGUAUGACCCAGUUCAAAGUGAUAAUUAAUUGAACAGAUUUUUGUUUAUAGUUUUCAGUUUAUAGAUUUAGGUUCACAUAUGGGCUGUAACUCCCACCCUAUGGUCCAGCAAUACCUUUCUCCGCAUGUUAGCUGACAGUCAUCCCCAAUGGAUGUUUUGACAGAAUGUGAUCUAUAAGUGAAACUCCUGCCACAAAAAUAUACACUUAUAUCCUACAAGCCAGCCAUAUGUCGAUUUCAAAGGUUUUUAGAGGAACAAUGAAGAUUUAAAAAAUAGAAUUGACAACACUUAAAACAGAACCUUACAUAAAACCACAAAAUAAACCUUAGUGUUUCUUCUUUUCAAGAUAACUGUUUACUGUUUACAGUUCAUAACUCAUCGUUAUAUGUUGAUGUUCAUACAUCUGUGAGAUAGACAUGCACAUGGAAAGGCAGACAGAUCUUAUGUGAUAAUAUUCAAGGCACAAAAAGCUUAGCUGAAGGCAUUGAUCUUCCUUCCAAAAAGCUGAAGCUAUAGCACGUUUUACGGAAGCACAGGCCUGCCAGCUUCAUAGAGGAAUAAACUGUACACUGAAAUGCACUGCCAUCUUCAAAUAAAGUAGACUUUAGCCACAAAUGUCAGGAGAGCACAAUCACAACGUGUUUACAGUGUUUUUGGACAUGCUAACCUCCUUUAUCAUACUGCAUUCAGCUGUUAGAUACCAAGGCACAGUCAAUCUCAGUGCUCACAUUUAAAUACGUUUCUGAACAAAGUGUAAAAGCUCAAAAGCAGAGAAAUGUCUUCUCAGACUGUGAAAAGUGAAUAUUCAUGGUAUCGAAAAUGAAAGACUCCAACUCCAGGGUCUUUUUGUUGUAUCCAUGUGUCCAGUGUGUUGCGAGCAAUUUCCUCAAGUGAUUUCAGUUUGGUAACUGAGACAAACUUGAUAAAAGUGGUUUAAAAGUACAUUUAUGGAAUAGUCUUUAUGUGACAAACUAUAGUUAUAUUUAUAGUAUUUAAAUUAUGUAUUUAAACUGUAAAUAUUGAUGUACAUUCAGAUAAAUUCACACUGAGUAUCUAUAGUAAAAGUCACAGGGUGUAUACUUGAGCUGUAAAUAAUAAUUGUAUAUUUUUAGAUAUUUUUGAUUUUUGUACUGUCUGCAAUGUUACUUUGGUGUCUGUUGGUUUCUAGUGUUUGUGUGUGGUUGUCCUCAAUAAAAACAGCUGUGUGCCUGUAUGUGGAUGUGUGUGGGUGUGUGUGUGCAGGUGUGCAUGUGUGUGUUGUAGAUUUUCGGUGUUUUACCAUGUGUUUUUCUCCUUUCAGUGUUGUGUGCUGCUGAUAUAAACCAGAACAGGAAGUCAAAUUUUGUUGCAGUAAACUGGGACCACUGAUAUGUAACGCAAUUUUUUUCUCUGUUUCUCACUGAAUGUGUAAUGUCUGAUAGGUACCAAACUAGAAACACAAUCAGAAUCAAACUGGAUGAAACAUUAACUGUAAUGUGUGGGUGAACAAGGUGAUGAACUGUACAAAAUGAGAAAAAGUUAAAGAUCAAUUAAAAUACUCACUUUUAUUCAA